AUGGAGGGUCCGGUGGUGGUCGGACAUUGGAUUGCCGACGACGCCGCUCCGCGGUGGAACGUGUUCUGCGCCAAGUGCGUCGAAUGGCGCCUCACCCACGCCGAGCUGGGGCUGGACGACCAGAAGGGCUGCCGGGACUGCCACCAGUUCCUCACCAUCGCCCUUCCCCUUCUCCUACGAGGGAAGACGUUUAUCUACUACACAGAGGAGCGAAAGAGGGUCGCGACGGUCUCGCUCCACGAUGAGUGGUCCCACCUCCUCAUCCGACCCCUCCCCUUCUUCGCCCCCACCCCCGCCACACCCCUCCUCCUCCGCCCCUCCACCUCCACCACCUCUUCAUCAUCGUCGUCGUCAUCAUCUUCUUCUUCACCAUCACAACCGCUGGGCGACGACGACGAGCUCCUCGAUCUUGCUCGAUUCAACUGCGUGCUCGACGGCCAGCAGACGCCCGUCUUCCAGAGCUACCAGCCCCACCCUCUCUUCUUUCUUUCUUCGUUCUUUUGCGGCGCCGGCGCCGGCGGCGGCAGCGACGACGUGGCCGUGCUGUCGCCCUUCUGCUUCUCGGUCCUGUUCGGCGGCCGAGAGCACGGGUCGCUGUACGGCAGCGACGUGCGGACGAUCGAUCUGCAGGCCGAAACGCUGGAGGACAAGCAGGCCUUUGUGGCGGCGUUGACGUGGUUCGCCCGCUGGCGCGCGACGCAGGGCGGCCGCCUGUUCGGCGUGUUCCGGGCCGAGCGGCGCAAGAUGGCGCGACGCGACGACGAGGCGCAGCGGCGGGAGGCGGAGGGCGAGCAGCGACGCGAGACGGCGGCGGAGUCGCGAAGGGCGCGCGAUCGCUACCACGCCUCGCGCGACGCCAUGCGCGACAAGUACGGCCUGAGCGGCAGCACGACGAGCCUCGUCGAUAAAUAA